ACCCAGCCAGACCCGCUCAUCCUCCGGCUGUCUCCCCCCGAGCAGAGACGCCACCCCCUGCCCCGGAUCAUCGCCCACCCGCUCGACCGUCCAGCCAACAUGCAGGGGAGUCUGCGGUUGUGGCCGUCGGUGCUGACCUUCGCCCUGUCCUUGCUGAUCUGCCUGGGGACGCUGGGCGAGGCUUACCCCUCCAAACCGGACAACCCCGGAGAGGACGCCCCCGCCGAGGACAUGGCCAGGUACUACUCGGCCCUGAGGCACUAUAUCAACCUCAUCACAAGGCAGAGAUAUGGAAAGCGGUCCAGCCCAGAGACACUGAUUUCGGAUCUCUUGCUGAGAGAAAGCACAGAAAACAUUCCCAGAACCAGGUUUGAAGACCCUUCUAUGUGGUGAUGGAAAAUGAAACAUCUUCAGUAUUUUUUCCUAUUUUUCGACCCAUUUUUCAUGCUGUAAGAGCAGUUUACCAGUCCUCCCAGUACAACCAAUGCAUGAAACCAUCCUACUGAACUCUGUAGCGUUUUCCUUCAUUAUAUUUGUAUAUAUGUUUAUUUAAAUAAAUGACUGUGCAUUCAAAAAUGUAA